CCAGUAGCCUUCUCUCAAUGUCAGCACUGACUGGCGCCGUGCCCAUCGCACCUUAUCGUAGACGUUUGCUCAGCUGCUGAAUUCCGUCCACAUUUACUGCCUGAGCAAACAUCAGCUGGGUUUAAAUAGAGAAGCAGGUCACUGGGCAGGAACCGAGUACAAGAUGUGGGCUCUGUUUCUGCUGAUCUUUCUGGCUGGGUGUUUCGCCCAGUACGACCCUCACACUGAGCCGAACCGGACUUCCAUCGUGCAUUUAUUCGAGUGGCGCUGGGCUGACAUCGCUGCUGAGUGCGAACGGUAUUUGGCUCCGCACGGGUUUGGAGGGGUUCAGAUUUCCCCGCCCAGUGAGAACAUCGUGUUGGAGCAGCCCUGGAGACCCUGGUGGCAGCGAUACCAGCCAAUCAGCUACAAGCUCUGCUCCAGGUCGGGAACAGAAGAAGAAUUAAGGGAUAUGGUCACCAGGUGUAACAAUGUCGGGGUGCGGAUCUACGCCGAUGUGGUGAUCAACCACAUGUGCGGGGCGUCAGGAGGAACUGGCAAACACUCAGCCUGCGGAACGUACUUCAAUGCUGCGGCUGAGGAUUUCCCGGCAGUGCCCUACUCCUCCUGGGAUUUCAACGAUGCCAAGUGUCACACAGCCAGUGGCAACAUCGAGAACUACCAUGACGUCAGCCAGGUGAGGGACUGUCGCCUGGUUAGCCUGCUGGACCUGGCACUGCAGAAGGAUUAUGUGCGGGAUCAGAUCGCAGCCUACCUGAACCACCUGCUGGAACUGGGUGUGGCUGGAUUCCGGGUGGAUGCCUGCAAACACAUGUGGCCCGGGGACUUGGAGGCCAUCUUCAGCCGGCUCAAAACCCUCAACACCCGCUGGUUCAGCCCAGGCAGCAAACCCUUCAUCUACCAGGAGGUAAUCGACCUGGGGGGAGAGCCCAUCACGUCAUCGCAGUACUUCAAACUAGGGCGGGUCACCGAAUUCAAGUAUGGAGCCAAGCUGGGCACGGUGGUCCGUCGGUGGAAUGGUGAGAAAAUGGCGUACCUCAGGAACUGGGGGGAGGGCUGGGCUUUCAUGCCCUCAGACCGAGCACUGGUGUUUGUGGACAAUCACGAUAACCAACGUGGCCAGGGAGCUGGAGGAGCAUCGAUCUUGACCUUCUGGGACCCGAGGUUGUACAAGGUAGCCGUGGCCUUCAUGCUCGCUCAUCCCUACGGACAGACCAGAAUCAUGUCCAGUUUUCGGUGGGACCGCAAGUUCGUUAACGGGAAGGAUGUGAACGAUUGGAUUGGUCCACCCAGUUACCCGGACGGGACCACCAAGCCCGUCACCCUGAAUCCCGACACGACUUGUGGCAAUGGCUGGGUGUGUGAGCACCGCUGGAGGCAGAUCAGGAACAUGGCCAUUUUCCGGAACGUGGUGGGCCAGAAUCCGCUAACCAACUGGUGGGACAACGGAAGCAACCAGAUCGCGUUCGGCCGCGGGGCACGGGGCUUCAUUGCCAUCAACAAUGACGACUGGAAUAUGAACAUGAAGCUGCAGACCGGACUGCCUCCGGGCAUCUACUGCGACAUCAUCUCGGGGCAGAAGGAGGGAGAUCGCUGCACGGGACUACAGGUCACCGUCAAUGACUGCGGCAGCGCUGUCUUCGACAUUAGUAACACUGCCGAAGACCCGAUGCUAGCAAUCCAUGUUGAGGACAAACUGUAA